CAUAGAUGUCCGCCGAACGAGGAAUGGAGUCUUUGUGGAAAAAUUUGCGAACCCAGAUGCGAUAAUCCAACACCAAAAAUAUGUCCAAAAAUUGCGUGCAGUAAGAAUAUAGCUGCUUGUCGCUGCAAACCAGGACAUCUUAGAAACGAGAAGAACAGAUGUGUCAAACCCGAGAAAUGUAAACGCCACUGCAAGGACGAUGAGUGUAAUCCGCUUAAAUCAGCCUGCAGAUGCAAGCAAGGGUACGUGAGAAACGAGCAGAAAAUCUGUGUGAAACUGGAAAAGUGUAAGAAGAAGAAGACUGAAUUAUACAGACCAUAA